CCUCUCCGCGCAGUCCCCGCUCCGCGCCUUGGCCCUGGGUGCUUUCAGCUCCCGCAGGCUCUCCGCCCAGCGCCCCUCGGCCCCCGCCCCGCUGGCCGGACAGGGAAGAGCACAUGGCCAGGCCCCCCAUCCAUGCUGCCCCCAUGCUGUUCCUCAUCCUCCUGGUGCUCCUGCAGCUGAGCCUGGCAGACUCCCUGGCACCUGCAACGCCUGCUCGGAACCUCCCUGAGAAUCACAUCGACCUCCCAGGUCCAGCACUGUGGAUGCCUCAAGCCAGCCACCACCGCCGGCGGGGACUGGGCAAAAAGGAGCGGAGCCCAGGCAUGCCCAGCCGGGCCCAUGAUGGAGCUGUGGUCACCACCACCAGGCAGGCUUCCAAGCUUCCUGAGGCUGGGGAGCUGCUGCCUAGGCAGAUUCCCGCAGGCCUGCUUCAGGACAAGGACCUGCUCCUGGGGCUGGCGUUGCCCUACCCAGAGAAGGAGACUCAGUCUCCAGGGUGGGAGAGGGCAAAGAAACGCAGCAGGGAGCACAAGAGACGCAGAGACCGACUAAAACUGCACCGAGGCCGUGCCUUGGUGCGAGGCCCCAGUUCCCUGAUGAAGAAGAUGGAGCUCUCAGGAGACCAGGCCCUGGAUGCCGCCAUGGAGGAGUCCUCUACCAGCCUGGCCCCCACGAUGUUCUUCUUGACCUCUUUUGAGGCAGCGCCAGCCACAGAAGAGUCCCUGAUCCUUCCCGUCACCUCCCUGCAGCCGCAGGCACAGCCCAGGCCCGACGGAGAGGUGAUGCCCACCCUGGACAUGGCCUUGUUCGACUGGACCGAUUAUGAAGACCUAAAACCUGAUGUCUGGCCUUCUGCAAAAAAGAAAGAGAAACACCGGGGUGCUCUCUCCAGUGAUGGAAAUGAAACAUCUCCAGCAGAAGGAGAGCCCUGUGACCAUCACCAAGACUGCCUGCCAGGGACCUGCUGUGACCUGCGGGGGCAUCUCUGCACGCCCCACAACCGAGGCCUCAACAACAAAUGCUUUGAUGACUGCAUGUGUACGGAAGGUCUGCGCUGCUACGCCAAAUUCCACCGGAACCGCAGGGUCACGCGGAGGAAGGGGCGCUGCGUGGAGCCCGAGACAGCCAACGGCGACCAGGGAUCCUUCAUCAACGUUUAGUGGCCCCGGGAGGCGUCUCCCCACCAGCCUGGGGACUGGGUCCCGGAAAGUUUGGUGAAGCCGGGCAAUGUGUUCCUGACUACCCCUGAGAGAUCACACGGGGGACCCGAUGACUGAGGCUGCAGACUCAGGCCCAGGAUGUUCAGUCGCAGGAGCGAAGUGGCUGGGUGCAUGAGCUGCCGGGCCCAGGAGCCCAGCGGCCGCACACCCGCACCCACGGUUCGGACCUGCUCAACCCGCGUGGCCAGGCUCUUCGCGAAGUCGAUGUCGAGAGUGCUCUCUACUGUCCGCCAGCAGCACUGCAACAGUUUCCAGUUAACCAAGAGGCUUUGGAGUGUGGAAAAGAGAUGUGGCCUCCCUGACAGGGAGCCCGAGGGUAGGUGAUGAACAAGGAAUGACUCCUCUGUGCCAGGCACUACGCUAAGUGUGUGACAUACCUUAUGUCACUGAGUGAGCACAACAACCUUUUCAGGUAGCAUUAUCACUAUCUUACAGGUGAGGACACUGAGGCACAGGUGCGUUACAUGACUUGUCCAAGGUCCCAAAUCCACGUUCCCCAAACUUUAAUGUGUGUAAAAGUCACCUGGGGAUCCAGCUACAAUGCAGACUCUGAUUCAGUCAAUUCUGCAUUUUUAACAUGCUCCCAGGGAAUGUUCACACCGCUGGUCUAGGAUGCCCUUGAAAGGGGCCAGGUCCUAGGGAGCAGAUGGCAGAGCGAGGGUCUGAACCUGGGCCAGGGCUAUCGCGUUGCAGUGCCCACCUCCUUGCCUCUCCACAACUAAGAGCUGCCUCCAGGUUCUCCGUGUAGCGUGUGCCCCUGGUAGUUCUUUCACGGUAGUUGGGAAGACUUGGCUGUUCUCUGCCUUCCCUGAACAAAGGUAUCAUCUCCCAAAAUGAAGCAAAAUGCACAUUAAGCACCUGUUUGUGUGUGAAGGACGAUUUGGGCAGAUUGCUCCCUGCCCUCUGAUCGUUGAUAUUCUGACAUGUGAGGUGCUGGGAGAGAACAAUAGUGUUGUUCCUUAUAUUAUUGGGUUGUCAGAGAGUCACGAUGUAUUCUUUCUGGUUUUCCAUGCAAAAAUGCACGUGACUCUUCCAACAACCCCAUACUAUAUUCUUGCUGUCCAGCCCUGGGGCAUGUGCUUUCUAGUUGCUUCUACCGAGAGCUUCUACCCCAGGGUGCUGGUGCAAGCAUGGCCUGUAAAAGUGCAUGUACAUUGGGCUGGCCAGUGGUGUGGUGGUUC